AUGACUGUAUCAUAUUCAUCCGGAAAUUUUUUUCGUUUAUUUCUUAGAUGGAAAGGCUCUAUAUGGCGCUCUGUAUGGAGAGAGCUUUGUGUAUUUCUUAUUCUGUUCUAUUCUAUACGACUCUUUUAUAAUGAUGUCAUACCAUACCUAGAUCCACAUUCCAGAAAAUCUUAUAAAAAAACAUUUAAUAGACUCGCACGUGAGUUCAAUGAGUAUACGAAGUUGAUUCCAUUGACGUUCUUACUUGGAUUCUACGUGUCAAACGUUGUUUCGAGAUGGUGGAGACAGUUUGAAAGUUUAUCAUGGCCUGAAGAUCUCAUAUCAAUAGUCUGCCUCGUUCUUCCCUUUCAAGAUACCAUAUCUUCCCAAGCUAGACAUCAAAUAGCCAGAUAUGCCAAUUUAGCUGCAACAAUCGCCUGGCGUGACAUAUCCUCGAAGGUAAGACUUCGAUUCCCAGAACUUAGCAACCUAAUUGACGCAGGAUUGCUGACAGAACAUGAGCUACAGGCGUUGCAAUCUUAUAAAGAAGACUCUCCGGGCAUUAUGUGGCUAACUCCCUUACACUGGGUGCAACAAAUAAUUGCAAGAGAAGUUAGUUCGAAUAGAGCGCAAGUUCAAUAUUUAUCAAGUUUCUCAAAUGAGCUGAAGAAUUACCGAGUCUCCCUGCGCCGUCUCUAUAGCCAUGAUUGGGUAUGCUUACCUUUAGUAUAUACUCAGGUUGCAGCUUUGGCCACUUAUUCUUUUUUCUUCUUCUGCUUGUUCGGCCGACAGUUUUUGGAUGAUGAUGAGGGAAUAGAUUUUCGCAUCCCACUGUUCACUAUUGUUCAGUUUCUCUUUUUUGUUGGCUGGUUCAAAGUUGGUCAAGAUUUGAUGAGGCCUUUUGGCCUUGACGAUGAUGAUAUUGAGUUGAACUACAUACUUGAUCGUAACUUGGUAUCUUCAUUUGCUAUCAUACAUACGCUCCAUCUCGCAUCUCCACCAAACUUCGAAGAAGAUUCUUAUUGGACAUACAGUCAGUCUGGAAAAAAACCGGAGAACAGCUCGUUAUUAUGGGGGCGGAUAGAUCUAACAAGAACUGCGCAUAAGCAUCCUCCAAAAUCACAUACUUAUAUUGACAUAGAUGAUGAUUCCAUGAAUUUCUUCAAAUCUAAGUGCUACAUGUCAUCUCGACCAGACAAAUUCAUGUAUUGGUGA